GAGAUGAUGCUAAACUUAUUUCAAGGUGCAAUAAAGAGAUCAGCAGAAGGAAGUACAUGUCAAAGGUGUAGCAAUAUCCCAAGUAGAAACGUGUCCUCAGCCUAUUUCAUUUGUAGACCAAACGACGUUGCAGUCAAGGAAGCCUAUACUCUCUUGCUUGAUCAACUUGAACAGUCGAAUGCAUCACAGGAGAGAGUUGACAAAUUGGAUCAGUCAAGUGAGCCAACACCAAAAGAGGAAGGUAAGUAUAACAAGCCAAUAUCUAGGAUUUGCGUCACACAACUUGCAUUAAUUGGCAACGUGGCCAUCUAA